AUGGCGGCGAUGGACUCCAAGCAUCAUGGCAUCUCGGAGGACGCAGAAAUGCAUGAUUACAUGGGCGAGAAGCCCGGAACAGUUGAAGAGAGUGGACUGUCGGAUCCAAACCAUGUCGAACUUCAACGCGCUCUGAAAGCGCGUCACAUCACCAUGAUUGCCAUCGGUGGUGCCAUUGGAACUGGUCUCAUUAUUGGAACAGGUGAAGCACUUGCAAAAGCGGGACCCGGUGCCAUCUUGAUCGCUUACGCCUGGGUCGGAUUUAUUGUUUAUUUAGUCAUGUGCGCUCUCGGUGAAAUGGCUGCCUGGCUUCCUCUUCCGUCCGGAUUCACUGGAUAUGCUGUUCGAUUCUGUGACCCUGCCCUCGGAUUCACUCUCGGCUGGACUUAUUGGUUCAAAUACAUCAUUCUCUCGCCAAAUCAAUUGACCGCUGGAGCCCUCGUGAUAUCGUACUGGAUACCCACGGAGAAGGUAAACGCUGGUGUAUGGAUCACAAUUUUCCUCGUUUUGAUUGUCAGCAUCAACUACUUUGGUGUCAAAUUCUUCGGUGAAUUCGAAUUCUGGCUGUCAUCGUUCAAAGUGGUGGUGAUUAUCGGUAUCAUCCUGCUGUCGUUCAUCCUAAUGCUGGGCGGUGGUCCAGACCAUGAUCGCAAGGGAUUUCGUUACUGGAAGAAUCCUGGCGCUUUCAACACAUACAUCAAGGAAGGUGACGCCGGUCGAUUCCUCGCAUUCUGGUCUACUAUGGUCUCUGCCACCUUCGCUUAUCUCGGCACUGAGUUGGUCGGAGUGACUGUUGGUGAAGCGCAAAACCCACGCAAGACCAUUCCACGCGCGAUCAAAUUGACUUUCUUUCGAAUCCUAUUCUUUUAUGUUCUGUCGGUUCUCCUGGUUGGAACACUUGUCCCUUACAACGACAAAAAGCUUGCUUUCGCUGUCGGCGCUAGUAGCUCAGCUGCGGCAUCGCCAUUCGUUGUGGCUAUCGAGAACUCGGGCAUUCCAGUCUUGUCCCAUAUCAUGAAUGCCUGCAUCCUACUCUUUGUUUUCUCGGCGGCCAAUUCCGAUUUGUACAUCGCUACACGUACCAUUUAUGGUCUCGCCCGUGAGAACAAGGCCCCCAAGAUCUUCGCCCGUACCGACAAACGUGGCGUGCCGGUCUUCGCCCUCGCAAUCUGCUCCGUCAUUGCCUUACUUGCCUACAUGAAUGUGACCAAUGAUUCCAGAACGGUUUUCAAGUACUUCGUGAACUUGGUUUCCAUGUUCGGUCUCCUGACCUGGAUUUCCAUCUUGGUCACUCACAUCCACUUCGUGCGGGCGCGCAAGGCCCAGAAUGUUCCAGAUUCCAGCUUGGCCUAUGUAGCCCCCUUCGGCGCUAUCGGAUCAUAUAUCGCUCUUGGAUUUUGCUGUCUCAUUGCACUGACCAAGAACUACGACGUUUUCACCCACAAUCCCAAGUGGGGUAAUUUCGAUUACAAGAACUUCAUCACUGCCUACUUGGGAAUUCCGCUCUACUUCAUUCUUCUCAUCGGGUAUAAGGUAGUUACCCGUUGCAAGGGAGUCGAUCCUGCUACGGCAGAUCUCUGGACGGGCAAGGAUGAGAUUGAUCGCGAGGAGGCCGCUUACGUUGCUCGGAAGGAGGCUGAGGCCCACAAACACUCCCAGUCUCACUGGUUCUACCGGACCUUUGUCUCAUGGCUCUUCUAG